AUGACGCUGCUGGAUUCGUCUUGUAUGUCUCAAUGCAGACUUAACCCCUUGGCCAAAAAUCCUUUCCGUACCAAACAAGAUGUGGUUGCAGCAUGUCAAAAGCUAUUUGAUCCAUUGCUGGCAUCUUUUUCGCCGGGCAAAGCCCGCGUGCAGCUUGAUGCCUCGGGAUCCACAUGGGACCGCGCUGCCUGUGAUUUGGAGGGAUUUUCUCGGCCGCUGUUCGGGAUCGCUCCUAGGGCUGCCGGGGGUACAUCGUUCGCCUACUGGGAUGUUUACCGUACCGGCUUACGGAAUGGGACGGACCCAUCGCAUGACGAAUUUUGGGGUAACAUCACAGACAUGGAUCAGCGCCAUGUAGAGGCUGCGGCUCUUGGCUACGGCUUGUUACUUGCGUCUGAACAUCUCUGGGAUCCUUUGGAUACACAGACAAAGACCAGAGUCGCAGAGUGGCUGCAAAGUAGUCGAAACUCAAAACAUGCCAACAACAAUCAUAAGUUCUUUCGUGUCAUAGUUGACUUGGGCCUAGAACGAGUUGGCAUCAGUGUCAAUUCAGAACAGACAGAAGAAUACCUGCAAGAUUUGGAGACCAUGUAUAUCGGGGAUGGAUGGUAUCGGGAUGGUGCGGACGUUGGAGAUAUGAGAAGAAUCGAUUACUAUAACGCUUUUGCGAUGCAUUUCUACGGUUUACUAUAUGCUGUUUAUAGGCCACAAGAUGUUGCUCGCUCGCAGCGCUUUCGACUUCGAGCUCGCAAAUUCGCUUUGAAUUUUCAGCAUUGGUUUGCUGAUGAUGGAGCUGGCAUCCCUUUCGGCCGCAGCCUGGUCUACCGCCAUGCCAUGGCUGCUUUAUGGGGCAUGUUGGCUGUUGCAAAUGAAGAUCCUCUACCUUGGGGAGUUAUGAAGGGGUUGUACUUGAGACAUUUGCGAUGGUGGGCUUUUCAGCCUAUAUCACGUCUUGACGAUGGGCUCAUGACGUUGGGGUACGCAUAUCCGAAUCAAAUGAUUACUGAACGUUAUAGCUCGCCUGGGUCCCCAUGGUGGGCCAUGAAAGUCUUUGCUCCUUUGUGCCUGCCAGAGACCCAUCCAUUCUGGGCUUCAGCAGAAAUGUCCAUGCCCGAACGAAAAUCUGUCAUCUCCUUUCCCAUUCCUGGCAUGGUUUUCACUCACCAACCGGCUCAUUCUGUGAUGCUCGUUUCUGGACCGGGAACAAAUCUUGAAAUGCGCGGAAUGCAUGAGAAAUAUAAUAAGUUUGCUUAUUCCUCAAGAUAUGGUUUCAGCAUUGAAAGCGACUCUAGGGGCUUCUCGAUCGAAGCUUUUGAUAGUAUGCUGGCCUUGAGUGACGACGGGAGACAUUUUCGCGUUAGGGAAAAUUGUGAAGAUGUUCAAAUUGCAAAUGGAAUUAUUUUUUCCAGGUGGUAUCCGUGGACCGAUGUGACUGUCCAAACGUGGCUUAUUCCUCACGAAUGUUGGCAUAUGAGGGUUCAUGAAGUUUCCAGUUCACGCCCGCUAAGCACAAUUGAAGGGGGAUUUGCUGUUCCAAAAUUCGAUUUCAUGCAGGAUAGGAUAUUCGAGCAAAAGUCUUCAGCAUGGACUUGUGGCGCUAUGGGCGAUUUCAGUGGUAUUGUCGAUGCCUCAGACCCACCAAGGGUUGGGAGAGUACAGUCUCCCCAUGGCAAUACCAAUGUCAUGUACCCAAGGACGCUUGUGCCACAACUACAGGGAAAUAUUAAGCCCAACUGCACGCGGAUUUUUGCUUCGGCUAUUUUGGCAGGGCCGGAUGGUUUGAGGAUGAAUGAACUAUGGAAGUACCCUCCGAAGCCACCAACAGUCCAGGAACUACGAGAGAAAGUAUCAAAGGAGGGUGUAUCGGUUGAAAUCGCGCAGGAUAUUUUGAGGACUUUAGGUGAAUAA